CGCACCUGUAAACGCGCGUGGACGCUGAGCUUUUCAUCCUCAGUCCGCCUCUACUCAACUCGCCUCUGCUUGCUGUACGAUCGUCCUCCCUUUGGGCCUCAAUGUAUGCGGUGUCUGGUCCGAUACGUCCUGCCUCGACGAGGUAGCCCAUUCCACCCAAGCUCCCCCUCGGUUCCUGCUGCACCCCCGCCAUGAGCCGAAGACGACCACCCAUCGACACGAGGCGCAAGUCUUCUACACUGCAUUACCAGACCUUCCCUACGCAGCCCCCCAAAACCCGCGGCCGACCGCUCUCUACCUCUCCCGACCACGACGGCAGCAUCUCAGACGCGGACGAAAACCACCAUGAGUCGCCUCUGCCCAAGAAGCAGCUCAUCGUGCUGGCCAUCAUUGCGCUCGCCGAGCAGACAGCCCUCAACUCGAUCAGCCCCUACCUGCCAGAGAUGACAAAGACGUUUCCCGAAGUCAAGGACGGACAAGCUGGUCUUUACGUGGGCCUCAUCGCAUCCUCGUUUGCCUUGGCGCAAUUCACAACCAACUUCUUUUGGGGAUGGCUGUCGGACAAGAUUGGAAGAAAGCCAGUGAUCAUCGUCGGCACCUUCCUGACCAUGUGCUGCUUUCUGGCCUUCGGGUUCUGCAAGACGCUGUGGCAGGCCAUACUUGUUCAAGCCCUGAUGGGCAUCGUCAACGGCAAUUCCGGGGUAGUCUCGACCUGUCUGGGCGAGAUCACCGACCGAAGCAACCAGUCGCGAGCCUUCACAUACCUGCCCGUCGUCUAUGGCAUUGGUGGCAUUACCGGGCCCAUUGUCGGCGGAGUCCUGGUGUCAUAUCGCAACCCGUUCAACAAGCACCAGCCGAAUCCGUACCCGUACCUGUGGCCGAACCUGUUUUCCGCCCUCGUCCUCGCAGUCGAUCUGGUAGUGUGCAUGAUAUUCUUGGAGGAGAGCUUGCAGGAGGCGAAACAUCUCCCGCCUUUAGGGAGGCGGCUGGGCAAUUUGUUCACGUGGAUGUGGCAGUUCACGAGCUCGACACGACCGACCUACGUCCGGCGCCUGCUGGGCAAGCGAAAGAGCCGCCAUACACAACAUAUCCUCGACGGCAUAGAGGAAGAAGACGAGCGUGACGACGCCUCAGACGCCUCAGGGGAGUCAGCACCCACGCUAUUUCCUCACACCAACGGCGAUGAACUCUCGCGACACGAAAUUCUCAACCGCGACACCAUCCUGCUUCUGGUGACGUACUUCAUCUUCCAGUUGGCAAACAUCUCGUACAACUCGUUGUAUCCAAUUUUCGCGGAAGAGCAGCCUCCAACAGGUCGUGGCUUGAAGCCCGAAGCGGUCGGUCUGUCAUUGUCCUUCGCGGGUGCUAUCACGAUCGUGUUCCAGGUGGGUAUAUUUGGGAAGCUACGGGGCAGGCUCGGCAACAAGAUCGCAUACAAGAUUAGUUUGGCCCUUUUCGUUGCCGCUUUCGCGCUUAUGCCGUGGGUGGGUUACAAAGAUGACAAAUCUUACGGGGGGAUUGGAACCGGUGCGGGCUGGUUGUGGUUCGAGCUUGGGGUAGUACUCGUGAUCAAGACGAUUGCAGGUGUCGGUGGUCUCACAGCUGCUCUCCUCAUGAUCACCAACUCGGCACCAAAUCACAAUGUGCUCGGCACUCUAAAUGGUCUGGCUCAAACUCUCUCCGCUGCUGGCCGUGCUGCUGGCCCCUUCAUAUCAGGCUCGCUCUUCACUGCGGCUACUAAAAUACAGCCCAAGGGAGAAGCUCUUCCGUUUGGUAUCUUCGCAGGCAUCUCUUUGUUAGGCUUCCUGAUGAGCCUCGGCAUUCGUGGCGACAAUUUAGAGGCUGAAGGAUGGAGCGAUGAAGAGGAGGAGGAAGACGAAGACGAAGAGGAAGAAGUCGGCGAUCAAUCACCGAGCACGAACGAGCGAACAGGUCUUAUACGGAAGUGAUCCGAUCGACCGUUGUAUAGUGUGCAUAUUAGCAUAGCUCUAUUUGGGCGAUUCAGCGCGGCGUUGGUUUGUUGGGUUUAGAAAAGGCGGUCCAGAGCUGUGGUAUCUGGGACAGCUAUGCGAGGUGUCUUGGGCGAUUGCAUCAUAUAUAAACACAGUGUAUAAAUACCGAGCUGAUAGUUAAUGUUCGAGCUCACAUCAUCUCUCUGA